UAACUUAGUCGACGAAAACAAAGAGGAACACAACAAUUACAUGUAACACUAAAGAAGACAUAACAUCUAAUGAACAUGAAGAGGCGCUGCCUUGGAACGGUCAGCCGCUUUCGUAUCAGAACUACUCUGGGUUUUAGAACAAUGAUUUAGUUUCAACCAUUUAGAUCCAUAAAGAAAAGGCUAAAAAUAAACACAGGUAGUUUGGCAAAUAGUUUUCUUUUUUAUUUAAAUAUCCAUGAAUUUGAAAGAGGUAUAUAUAUUUUAGAUUUACAUAAACACUGAUUAUACACAUUUAAAUUGUAAAUUUUAUUCAGCUUUCAAAACUAAAUUCAAUAUUUAUUAUUGACAGAUAUUUAGAUUUCAAAACAACUCUCAAUACGCAUUCAGAUUGCAACCCUGUACGAUAUACAAUUCACGGCGUAUUCAACUCACAUUCAUAUAAACAGAUAAGAUAUACUUAUCCGAUUUAAAAGAUGCACUGAAUGUCUUAUAAUAUUUCGUUGUCAAUGACAACUGUAUACACAAAAUAUAUAUAUGACAUCAAGGAGCAGUUAUAUAAUAAAUUAGCUACAUUCAACAAGACUUUGAUAAACAUGCGAUAGGGUUAUAGAUACACACAAAAUAGAUGUAUCUAUUCACUAUUUGAGUGGUUUUCAUGUCAUGAACAAAGAACAAAUACUUCUGGAUAAGACAUAUUGAUAGAUAAUGCUCAUAAAAACAGAGAUGAUAAGUGGUUAUAAUAUUUGUACAGGAUUUGUCAAUGUAUUAAGAAACAUUUAGCGUCAGUGUUUAGUUUAUUACAUAAAACUAUUUGUUUAAUAGGAUGCCACAGAGCCUCGAAACUUCUGCGGUGGUAUUUUAAAUGUUUUCAUACAUAUACUGAUGUGACUCAGAAACUUGAUGAAAGAAUAAUUUUCGGUCCAGAUUGUUUAAUUAAAAUAAGUUUUAAAGACCAUAUAUAAUUACAUGGGACAUCGAUUUAAAUCCAUCAUUUCUGUUUACUUAGGCGUAAUUAAUGAUUAACAACUAGUCGAUGAUUUUUUAAGGAGAAAUAUAUACCCAAUAAAGGAAAAUAAAUAUAUGCUUUGAUAAUCUUAUGAAAAGGUCAUCAUUUCUUCAAUAAAUUUUCAUUUGCACUUAAUAUAGUUCGAUCAAUACGAUUAUUGAUCUGAUUUGCUAUAAAUCACUGUACACUAUGGAAACUGGGCGACUAUCCGGCAAUUCACAUAGGUUAUCGGCAGUGAAAAGAGAUUUGGAAAAUCUUCAUGAUAAAAUAGAUAUAGUUGACAGUAAAGUUGAGACUUUGAGACUAAAACUUAACCCUGUGUCAGGAGAUCGCAGAAAUAUGUUUAAUCAAACAGAUGAAAGAUCAAGGAGAUUGUUGGAUUUAGAAAGAAAAAAUGAGUUACAUUCGCGAAAACUUCAGCUGCUUCAAAAAGAAAUGGAACACGUUCAAACAGAGAACGAUAUUUUGAUAGAACAUAUGGGGAAACAUGAACUUCACCACAACGAUUCUCCACGCAACGUCCCGCGUGACGUUUACAGCGACAAGAUGCAAGAUGAUAGAAAGUUUAACAACAGUAGAGCCUCUUUACACAGCAAACACUCUAACCAUGACAACAACGGUCUUGACAAAAGAUUGAUGCCAAAUACACCAGACAGACACCAACCAACGACUGAACACAGACUGAACAAAGACUCUGGAAGAGAUAUUGAGUCGCCAAGGAAAGAGAGGGAUCAAACGAGUCGGGGAAAGAUCGCUGAGGAAAAAGAUACCACAUUUAAGGGGACAGCCGAUAAAGAUUUUGACUUUGAGGAAUACCAGAGGCAGAGGCGAGCUCAGAUAUACAGUCAUUAUGAUUCGACGGCAAUUAAUCCACAGUGCUGGACACCGAAACAAAAACAUCAUAAAUAUCCAUGGUUUGAUCACAAGACCCAUCACAAUCCUGGCGGGUUCUUAAUCAUCCGCUUUGACGACUCCGGUUGUGACGUAGCAACUGUUGCAUUGAAAAGCCAACAGUCAAUUUGCAGGCAUGCAGGUGGAUAUUUGAUGGGAAUCGCAAGAUGUGGCAGGAUAUUUGUGUAUGAAAAUGCACCGAGCAAGGUACAGAACUGGUCUAUCUCUAGGAAACAGCCUUAUGAUGACUGUCUUAUGACUGAUCACUCUCUAGCAGUUUUAUGGUUUACAAAGAGGGAAGCAGCGGAAUAUUUCUUUGAAAACGGUCAUCAUAACCGUUGGCGGGAACCUUGCUUCCCAACACCAAAUGGGCACGAGGCAUUCUAUGUUCCUCUAUCAGAACCACCGACAAGGCAACUCAAUUCGUUUUUCGUAUUCGAAUUGCUUGACGCAAGAAUGUAUAAAGCAGAAAACUUAACACAGUUUGAGGGUGAAGUACGUGAAGAUAUGUUACGAUAUUUUCCGGAUUGUCACCCGUUGCUUGUCUCAUCACAAAUGGGCCGAGUCGUCUUGAAACCAGGCAAUAUGAUUAGCCAUAACAGUAAAUUAUACAUUAGCAGAUUUGAGUCACAAAGAGACAUUGAUCGCAUCUGGCAAUCAGGUAUGAUUACAGGAUUACGGAAGAAGUGGGAUCUCAUGGCAGGACAUAUUAAUGCAUACUCAUUCACAAUUGACUUUGCACCUUGAGUAAAUAUAUGGUUAAACAUGAACAGUGCACAAACUAUAACCACACGUACUGACCGAGACAGAUAAUGCAUUUAAUAUGUAGUUGUUCUCAGCGUAGACAUUUUUUUUACAAUUAUGUGAUGUCAACAUUGUAUGUAGGACUUGUUUUAGUCAAUGUUAUUUAUACCCUUUAUUUAGAUAGGAACAAUAAUUUGAUAUAGAAUUAUAACGUCCGGUUUUAUAUGUUAUUAAAAUAAAACAAUAAAACUAAUUUUUGAGAGGAAUUGU